GGUACAAGGGAGCUGCGGUGCAGGAACGAUGGAGAAUGGCCAAGGAGUCGCGCCUAUGUUACAAGUGCCUCAACGGUAAGCACCGGAAGCAAACAUGUCAACGACCGCCAUGCCGCACGUGCAAGCGCUGGCAUCACCACUCGCUACACAACGAGAAGCCGGAGACAGAGCCAGCAGAGAACAGGGAAGUCGCGAACAACGUGCGACUUCCCAUCAAUUGCACGCGGAUCAGCAGGGCGUACUUGAAGAUGGUGCCCGUUGAAGUGUACGGGCCAUCGGGAUCGACGACGGUGCUGGCCCUGCUGGACGAAGGCUCCACGGUAACUCUCCUGGACUCGAGCGUGGCGAAGCAGAUUGGCCUGAAGGGACCCAAGGAGACGCUCCGCCUUGAGACCGUGGGCGGGAAGACCCUGACAAAGAAGGACUCGAUGAAGCUUAACAUCCGAGUUCGAGGGCUUCACCAGCGGCAGAAGAGGACGAUCGUCGGAGCGCGCACAAUGGAUGACAUGAGCCUUGCACCCCAGCGACUGAAGAGGGAAACCAUCGAAGGCUACGCGCACCUGAGGAGCCUGGCGGACCAGUUAUGUUACGAUGAACAAUCCCCCCAACUAUUGAUCGGGCAGGACAACUGGGGACUCAUCGCCGCCAAGACGACGCGCAGGGGCAGGAGGAACCAGCCGGUAGCCUCAUUCACCCAAUUGGGAUGGGUGCUACAUGGUCUCGAUGGCAACAACGCCAAAGAGGCCAACUUCCUCACCUGCGCCCAUGUAUCGAUGCGUGAAGAGGCCUUGGACAGACAGGUGAAGGAGUACUUCAUGAUAGAGUCGAACCCAAGCGUCCGAGCACGGAUAUGGAGGCGAAGGCGCUCGACAUCUUGGAGAAGGAGGACGACAGAGGUCGGAGACGCGAGGACGGCCGCUUCGAAGCUUGGACCUACAAUCCCUGUUCGGAGUGUUAUUGCGGUUCCGGCAAAGGCUCGUCACGGUUGUCGCGGACAUCAAGGAGAGGUUCCUGCAGAUAAGGAUCAGGGACGUGGACCGCGACAACCCAAGAUUCCUCUAUAGAGAAGAUCGACGCGAGGCCGCUCCAAAGAGUAUAGAAUGACGUCAGUCAUAUUCGGAGCGGCCUGUUCACCGAGCGCGGCGUCGUUCGUUACAAAUAAGAAUGCCAAGGAUUACAGACAUCGAUAUCCAGAAGCCGCGCGGGCAAUAGAAGGCGCUGCAUUCUGGCGAGCCUCGCAG